GGAAAGAUAAUCAUUUUGUCAUCCGAUAAAGCUAAUAAGUAAAACGCUGUCAAAUGUUUAGUCAAAUAUUGCCUUAAUUAAAAUUUUCUAGUACGAUAUAAAGUGACAAUUCAUGAAAAUAUAUCAUUUGAACAGUGAGUUGUGAACGAUUAACAAACCACCAGGGAAUGAUCAGACGUUUUGUUACAAGGUCAAAAUUGAGAACGUUUGGGAUUUUGAGAAGGAACAUGUCACGUUCUGAUGGUAAAGAAGGACUACAGGAUGAGGUAGUUAGGUCAUUUCUGACGUUGGAAAGUCUUGACCCAAACAUAUUUAGAGCUCCCACUAAGACCCUAUGGCACCCGACGGGGAGUCGGUUCAUAUUUGGUGGGCAAGUUGUGGGACAGGCGCUCGUGGCAGCGUGCAACACCGUCUCCCCAGAACACCACGUGCACAGCCUCCACUGCUACUUCCUUAGGGGAGGCAACUCGAACUGGCCUAUCCUGUUCCACGUGGACAGGACACGUGAUGGGGAGACAUACUCCAGCCGGAACGUGAAGGCCACACAGGAUGGCAAGGCUAUCUUCACCAUGCAGGCAUCAUUCAAAACCGACGAAAAACAGGAGUACGCGUACCAGAUGGAGAUGCCGCAGGUGCCCGGGCCAGAGAACUUCAAAGACACGGACGACCUCCUCAAGAUGAGACUCGAUGCAAAAGGAAUCUCGGACAAAGAGAAAGAUUAUAUCAAUAGAAUGCUGUCCAACAAUAUAUCCAUUCUUAUACGACCUCUCGACCCACAUGCGUACUACAAAGUCAAGCCGGCUGAGCCCAGACGUCUCAUAUGGAUGAAAGCCAAUGGAAAUAUAGGCGAAGAUUAUAAGCUUCACCAAUGCGUUGCGGCCUACAUGUCCGACUUCUCACUUCUCGGAACCGCUCUACAGCCGGGCGGAUCGAACUACCGCACGCGCUUUAUGACGUCACUGGACCACACUAUCUGGUUCCAUAACCCAUUCCGCGUGGACGAGUGGAUGUUGUAUGAACUCUUCAGUCCACACGCGGGUAACGGUAGGGCGUUCUGCUCGGGGCGGGUGUGGCGGACGGACGGUACGCUGGCCAUGUCGAUAGCUCAGGAAGGUGUGGUCCGCGUAGAGCCCAAGUCCCAAACAGCCAAGGCUAAGUUAUAGCGUACGCCAGGGAUGGUCGGCAUGAGUCUCACGGAUGUUACCAACACAGACUGGGACCAACUGGUAAUGUCCAGGAUCAGUCGAUGCUGACUGGAACUGAACCACCGGAAGUGACUUAACGGAUGCAGUACCGAUGAUGAUGUUUACUGAUUGUUACUACUUUACACUCGUUACUUUACUAUUCUUGUUAAAUCUGUUACACAUUUA